AUGGCCUCAUCCACGGGUCAGUUCAUGGUGUACUCGGAACAAUGCAACCCCAUCUUCGGCACCUCACCAUCGCUGGAGCUUCUUCACGAGAACCAUGAGUACCCAUUUGCCCACGAGGCCGGCGUCUUCAUCGCCCAAGACAACGCACUUUUCGUCACCAGCAACCAGUUCAAGGACCCGGCAACUGGCCAGCGGACCAUCAAGAUCAAUCGGGUUUGUUUGUCCGCCGACCGAACAUCUGCAUCGGUUGUCUGCGAGGAGAUCGAAGCACCGGAAGUGCCAAUGGCAAACGGCGGUGUCAACUACCGCGACGGCAUCCUCUUCUGUGCUCAGGGGACGCUCACAUCACCGGGGGGCCUCGUUUUGAUGGAAGCAAGACCUCCUCACAGAUGUUCCUCGAUUAUCAGCUCGUUCCACGGCCGGCCGUUCAACUCUGUCAACGAUGUGAUUGUACAUUCAGAUGGGAGCUUGUGGUUCACCGAUCCGAUAUACGGCUACGAGCAAGGCAUACGUCCCAAGCCCAGGCUGCCGAGCCAGGUCUAUCGGUUCGAGCCGGCCACGCGAUCAAUCCGAGCUAUGGCAGACGGCUUUCAGAGGCCGAACGGCAUCUGCUUCAGUCCAGAUGAGAAGACUGCCUACGUCACGGAUACGGACUGGAUACAUGGAGAUGGUACAACGGAUGACGCACGCGUCUCGCACAUUUACGCAUUCGACGUCACUCACUGCUCAGGCCAGCCCUUCCUCACCAACCGCCGACUGUUCGCCAUGGCCGACACAGGUGUCCCAGACGGCAUAAAGUGCGACACUCAGGGCAAUGUGUACAGCGGAUGUGGUGAUGGCCUCCAUAUUUGGUCUCCUGGGGGCGUCCUACUGGGUAAGAUCCUCGUGGAUGGCGGUGUGGCAAACUUCUGCUUCGGGAUGUGUGGCGAGUUGUUUCUACUGAACGAACACAAGCUCUGGCGAGCACAGCUGAGUGCAGACGUAAAAGGAGAUUUGCUGCGAAUAUAG